AUGCUCCCUACACAAGCGCUCUUGCUCGUUCUAUUCAGCACGCUGACUGCUACCUGCUUGGCAUGGCAGCCCAAUUUCGUUCUCCGGGUGAACCAGUCCGUCAUCGCGCCCGACUGUACACCCCGGCUGAGUACCGUCGUCAACGGGACCCUGCCUGGUCCGCUGUUGACGAUGACAGAGGGUAAACAUUAUUGGAUCCGUGUGUACAACGAUAUCCCCGACCAGAACUUGACUAUGCAUUGGCACGGUCUCUCUCAAUACACGACCCCCUUCUCCGAUGGUACCCCCCUUGCAUCCCAAUGGCCCAUUCCUCCCUACGGGUUUUUCGACUACGAAUUCUUCCUCCCUUUCCCGGACUCUUCCGUGGAACAUCGUAGGGAUUCUUCCAUCGGCACGUAUUUCUACCAUAGUCACGUAGGUAUGCAAGCGAUGAGCGCCUUCGGCCCGAUAGUGAUCGAGCCCGCCAGCGAGAAAGAAGAGGCGAAAAAGGCGACUCCGGUGGAGUGGGACGAGGAUCUGAUCAUGUUGCUGAGCGAUGGGUAUCACGCCUCAGAGCACAAGAUCAUUUCCGGACUCGAUAACACCUCCUCCUGGACCUGGAUAGGGGAACCGCAGUCCCUCCUCGUCAACGGUCAUGCUCUAUCGACGUGCAAUUCUUCGACACUCGAUACAAACCUUCCAACGGGUACCCAAUGCUCAACAAGCUGUGGAUGGGAAACAUUCCGGGUUCGACCUGGGCAAAGGUAUAGGUUGAGGGUUAUUGGCGCAACGACUCUUUCUCAGAUGUCGUUGAAGCUGGAGGGUCACAACAUGACUCUUUUCGAGGCGGAUGGCACCUACCUGGACCCUCUCCCCAUUGAAAAUCUAGAGAUCGCAGCCGGCCAGCGGUAUUCCAUUCUCAUCGUUACUCCAGACGUCGUACCCGAGAAGAGCGAUUUCUGGUUCAACAUCAAGACGAUUUGGAGGCCCGUCACAACUUAUGGAGCUGCUGUCUGGACUUAUGACACUGACGAUUCGACGUCGGUUGACAAGACUACGAGACCGGUCGAUCUGAACGUCAAGGUCGCUUUACCCAAUGAGACUUUCGGAUGGGUAGGCUGUGACAUGUCCCCGUUCGACAAGACAAAGAAUCCACCUUCUCAGGACCAGGUCACACGGAAGAUCACGCUCAUUGGAGAGCAAGUAGUCAAGCAGAAAAGCUAUCGAUGGGACGUUAGCAAUACCACGCUGUUUGGCGAGACCUCGCCCUCAAACCCGCAGGUCCCGUUCUUGGUCCAGUACUAUAUGGCACCAGAAGAUCGACGCACGCCUGAUUACGCUGCGGCGCUGGCGAACGGAGGGCUUGACCCCGUCAACCGCUUUUAUCCCGCAAAGUUGGGCGAGAUAUUGGAUGUCGUUGUUCAGAACUACGCUGGACCGACGGCAAGCGGCUUUGUCGAGGCGCAUCCAUGGCAUUUCCAUGGCGCAAAAUACUGGGAUAUGGGUGCUGGUACCGGUAAUUUCAGCUACGAAGCUUUGGAGGAGAUACAGGGAUCUGUGGCCGGCUCCCCAAUCCCGAGAGACACAUCGAUUGUAUACGGGGGACCUGGGGCGUCGUACACCGGCGCAAACAUCACGUCCGGUAGUCCCGGCGGAUGGAGGUUGUUCAGACUGUCUAUCACUGACCCCGGCGCGUGGGUCGUACAUUGUCACCUCCUACCGCACAUGAUCAUGGGCAUGCAGACCAUGCUUUUUGCUGGGGCGGAGAACCUACCAGUUUUGCCUCCCAGCUUUGUCGAAGAAUUCUUGACCUUCAAUGGCGCUGCAGUGGGCAACUCCACAUACGAACCGAUGCAUCGGAGUUAUUUCGAACUGCCGGUUGUAGCGCGCGGACAAGGAAAGUGA